GCUCUAGCCCGCUGACUUUGUUCAGCACAGAGAUAGACGACUGAUUCGUUUCCUUUGUUGUGAUGAGUUUUCUGUGUUAAAUAAGAAAGCGCGGCCUGUGUUUUAGCAGCGGUGCUGUUUUUGUAAAAUUCACCGUCUUAUUAUUAGUAAAUAUAAACUCGUCUGCCGGCGGUGAUAAUGAGCGGCGGAGUGUACGGAGGGGAUGAAGUAGGAGCCCUUGUGUUUGAUAUUGGCUCCUACUCUGUGAGAGCCGGCUAUGCUGGAGAAGAUUGCCCCAAGGCUGAUUUCCCCACUGUGAUCGGAGUGACACUGGACAGGGAAGAUGGCACUACUCCAAUGGAAACUGAUGGGGAAAAGGGCAAGCAAAGUGGGACAACAUACUACAUUGACACCAACCAGCUCAGGGUGCCACGGGAAAACAUGGAGGUCAUGUCACCUCUCAAAAAUGGCAUGAUUGAGGACUGGGACAGCUUUCAAGCCAUCUUGGACCACACCUACAAAAUGCAUUUCAAAUCAGAGCCAAGCUUGCAUCCUGUGCUAAUGUCCGAAGCCUCGUGGAACACACGGGCCAAGAGGGAGAAGCUGACAGAGCUUAUGUUUGAGCAUUAUAACAUUCCUGCUUUCUUCUUGUGUAAAACGGCUGUCUUGUCUGCAUUUGCCAACGGACGAUCCACUGGUUUAGUGUUAGAUAGUGGUGCCACACACACGACUGCCAUACCAGUGCAUGAUGGUUAUGUCCUGCAGCAAGGCAUUGUUAAGUCCCCUCUUGCAGGUGAUUUCAUGAGUAUGCAAUGUCGAGAGCUGUUUCAGGAAUUAAGUGUUGAAAUCGUUCCUCCAUAUAUGAUAGCAUCAAAGGAUUCAGUACGUGAAGGUGCCCCAGCCAGCUGGAAGAAAAAAGAGAAACUACCUCAAGUUACUCGCUCAUGGCAUAACUACAUGUGUAAUACUGUUAUUCAAGAUUUCCAGGCCUCAGUCUUGCAGGUGUCAGACUCACCUUAUGAUGAACAAGUAGCAGCUCAGAUGCCCACUGUUCAUUAUGAGCUCCCCAAUGGAUUCAACUGUGACUUUGGAGCUGAAAGACUGAAGAUUCCUGAGGGGCUUUUUGACCCUUCAAAUGCAAAGGGCCUGUCAGGAAACACCAUGCUGGGAGUCGGCCAUGUCGUGACUACUAGUGUUGGCAUGUGUGACAUCGACAUCCGACCAGGUCUGUAUGGCAGUGUGAUCGUUACCGGAGGAAACACACUCAUCCAAGGAUUUACAGACAGAUUAAACAGAGAACUCUCUCAGAAGACUCCACCGAGCAUGCGUCUGAAGUUAAUAGCCAGCAACACAACUGUAGAGCGGAGGUUCAGUGCCUGGAUUGGAGGUUCUAUCCUGGCAUCACUGGGGACGUUCCAACAAAUGUGGAUUUCAAAACAGGAGUAUGACGAAGGUGGGAAACAGUGUGUUGAUCGGAAGUGCCCUUGACCACCCCACUCAAGUGGCUGACUGCCUUUCAACAUUUUUGAAAAGGAAAAAACAACAACAAAAAAAAAAACAAA